AUGAAAAUAAAUUAUAAAAAUCCCCUUUUCAACACAUUUUUAGAACAACAAUUAUUUAAUUUAAAUUUUAAACGACGGAAAGAACGAUGGAGAAUUAAUAAAUUAAUAUUAUCACAAUUUCUAACAAAAUUAAAAAUAUUUUUAUUUAUCUUUAUUUUAUUUUGUAAAAUAACAAAAAAUGAAGCAUUACAACGUGUUAGUGAAUAUCAGCGUUUUGAUGGAUGGUUUAAUAAUUUGGCAAAUCCACAAUGGGGAAGUGUUGGAAGUCGACUACACAGAGACGCGCCUAGCAGUUAUCAAGAUGGUGUUUACAGGCUGGAUUCAUCUUUGCCUUCAGCUAGGGUUAUUUCCGAAUUAAUGUUCAAAGGAGAGCCAGGUAUUCCUAGCAGGCGCAAUCUGACAACGAUGUUUGCCUUCUUUAGUCAGGUCAUUGCCUAUGAAAUAAUGCAAUCAACACAAAACAGUUGCCCUUUGGAAAUGCAUAAAAUUCCUGUCGAACGUUGUGAUCCAAUAUUUGACAAGGAUUGUGAAGGAAAAACUGAUAUUCCUUUUACUAGAGCAAAAUAUGACAAAGGGACAGGACAUGGAUUAAAUUCUCCUAGAGAACAAAUUAAUGAAAGAACGAGUUGGAUUGAUGCUUCCUUCCUCUAUAGUACUCAAGAGCCGUGGGUUGCAGCAUUACGUUCAUUUGAGAAUGGCACUCUUCUUGAAGGCCCAAUGCCGGGCUACCCUCCUUUCAACGAUCCACACAUCCCUUUAAUUAAUCCUCCACCUCCACAAAUUCAUAGAUUAAUGAAUCCUGAACGACUUUUCAUUUUGGGUGAUCCAAGAAUUAACGAAAAUCCCGGUCUUCUCAGUUUUGGACUAAUUCUCUUUCGUUGGCAUAAUAUUCAAGCUUUGAGACUACAACAGGAAUUUCCGGAAUGGACAGAUGAAGAGCUUUUUCAGGGAGCCAGACGAUUGGUUAUUGCUACUUUACAAAGUAUCGUUCUUUACGAAUUUUUGCCUGUUCUGCUAAGCAUUUCAAAAGAAGAAAUACCAGAAUAUCAAGGCUAUAAUCCUCAUGUUCCUCCAGGAAUUUCUCAUUCAUUCGCAACUACAGCCUUCCGAUUUCCACAUACUUUAGUACCUCCAGCAUUAUUACUUAGAAAAAGAAACGGAAAAUGUGAAUUUAGAAAAGAGGUUGGGGGCUUUCCAGCCCUUAGACUCUGUCAGAAUUGGUGGAAUGCACAGGAUAUUGUACGUGAAUAUUCUGUUGAUGAAAUUGGAAUGGCUUCCCAAAUAGCGGAGGAUGAGGAUCAUAUAGUUGUUGAAGAUUUACGUGAUUUUAUUUUCGGUCCAAUGCAUUUUACUCGUCUAGAUGUUGUUUCCACUUCAAUUAUGAGAGCAAGGGAUAAUGGAUUACCUGGAUAUAAUCAAUUAAGAAAAGCAUAUAAAUUAAAACCAAAAGAUUGGACUACAAUAAAUCCAAAAUUAAACGAAACAAAUCCCGAAAAAAUAAAUAAACUGGCAAGUCUUUAUGACUUUAAAAUUGACCGUUUGGAUGCUUAUGUUGGGGGAAUGCUUGAAGCUGAUGGAAAUGGACCUGGAGAACUUUUCUCUGCAAUAAUUAAAGAUCAAUUUCUUAGACUUAGAGAAUCUGACAGAUUUUGGUUUGAAAAUAGGCAAAAUGGAUUGUUUACUGAUCGAGAAAUAUUUUUUAUUAGAAGAAUUACUUUAAGAGAUAUAAUUCGACAAACAACAUCUAUCGGAAAAGAAGAUAUUCAAGAAAAUGUAUUCUUUUGGAAAAAUGGCGAUCCGUGUCCGCAACCUUUUCAAGUUAAUAUUUCUAGUCUUGAAAGUUGUGUUCCUUUUAUGCGUUUUGAUCAUUUUACUGGAAAUGAAGUUACUUAUAUAUUUACUUGUAUUGCUUUAUUUACUAUACCUUUAGUUUGUAUUGGUAUUGGUUAUUUACUUGUCCAAAGAAGAAAGAAAAUGGGAAUGUUAUUCGAACCUGGUGCCAUUAAAAAACAAAAUCAGGAAUCAACAGAGGAUGAGGGAAUUAUUGCAAAAGAUCAAAAACUUGUUUUUCCUGCAAUUGAAUGGUUAAAUGAGACAUUUUGCAGAUCAAUACUCGUUGAAUUAAAUUCAGAAUAUUCUCAAUUAAAAAUUUUGAAGCGUAGAAGUGGAGGAAUUUUGCGUAAAUUAGAUUUUGGAGACGUUAAUGUAUUGAGAUUAACUGUAACAAAAAGUGGAAGUGUAAGGAAAGGACAAGGGCCAUUUGUGUGUAUUUCUUUACCAAAAAAUUAUGAUGUUGUUUUAAGGCUUCGUUCAAAACAUCAAUGGUCAAAAUUCCGUUCUUCUUUAGGGAAUUGCCUUUUAAAACACGGGAAACUUUUAAAAGAAGUUGAAGCAGAAAAUGAUGUUUUACUUGAAGCAGCAGAAACAAAAGAUAAAAGACAAUCUAAAUUGGACCAUUUCUUUCGAGAAGCUUACUCUAGAGCAUUUAAUGACCCAGCAUUAAGUGAUUCUUCCCAGAUAUCUAAUACAAAUUUUAAUUCAAUGCAGCAAGUAAUGGCAAUGACUUUAACUAAAGCAGAAUUUGCUGAAGCAUUGGGAAUGAGAACAAGUGAUUUAUUUGUUCAAAGAAUGUUUGCUUGUAUGGCAGCUAAUUCUAAUGAAGAAAUUGAUGGAGGGAAUGAUACAGUUGUGACUUUUCAGGAGUUUCUCGAUGUCUUGCGUAAAUUUACUCAAGGAUCCUUAAGAGAAAAGCUUCAACUAGUCUUUGAUAUGUGUGAUCUUGAACGUGAAGGGCGUGUUCAACGGAAACAAUUUUGUGAAUUUGUAAAAUCUUUAAAUAUUGCUGCCGGUGUUAGAAUUGACCAAGAAGUCCAAGAUCAAGUAUUAGAAUGUGUUUUGAAAAGGGCAGGAGUUGACCCAGAAAGAGAUAUUUUAACUUACAAAGAUUUUGAAGCAAUAUUUAGUCAAAUGGUGGAUAUACGCAGACCUGUUGGUGUGCAUUUGAGAGGAGUAAAUAUGAGAAUUAAUUUAGAAGAAACACAAAGUCUAAAUAGUUUUGCUGUUACUUCAGAAGUUAAAGAUCCAUUUGACAAAAAUUCAAUUUCUUUACUUCUUAGUUAUUUGGAAAGUUAUAGACAACAUAUUGUUAUUUUAUUUCUUUUCUUUGCUGCAAAUGCCAUUGUUUUUUUAGAAAGAUUUUGGUUUUAUCGAUAUGAAAAUGAACAUCGUGAUUUACGUCGAGUAAUGGGAGUUGGGAUUGCCAUAACUAGAGGAGCAGCUGCAGCUCUGUCCUUUGAUAUGGCAUUAAUACUUUUGACUGUUUGUAGAAAUAUUUUGACAAUUUUACGAGAAUCUUUUGUUGGAGAAUAUAUUCCUUUGGAUUCGGCUAUUACUUUCCACAAAAUUGUUGCGAUAACGGCUGGUGUGUUUGCAGCAAUUCAUACAAUUGGGCAUUGUGUCAACUUCUACCACGCUGUUUUUGGUUCCAAUUUCCUUCCAUCAAUUUAUUAUUGGUUUUUUCAAACAUUAACUGGCCUUACAGGAAUUCUAUUGGUUGCUUUAAUGAGUAUUAUUUAUGUAUUUUCUGCUCCGGCAGUAAUGAAACGUGCUUAUCAUGCUUUCCGUCUCACUCAUUUGCUCAACAUACUUCUUUAUGCUUUCACUAUUCUUCAUGGAUUGCCUAAACUUCUUGAUGUUGUUUUUUAUAUUUUUAUAAUUUAUUAUAUUUUUAGUCUCCAAAAUUCUGAUAUAAUCUACAUUCAAUUUAAACGUCCACAUUCAUUUAAAUUCCGUAGUGGACAAUGGGUACGUAUUUCUUGUCCAGCACUCUCUUGUGCCUUUAAUGAACAUCAUGCAUUUUCACUUGCAUCUGCACCACAAGCUCAAACUUUGGCACUUUUUAUUAAAGCAGUAGGGCCUUGGACUUGGAGUUUACGAAAUGAAAUAACUGAAGCACAAGAGAAUGGACUUGUUUAUCCUGUCCUUAAUUUGGAUGGCCCUUACGGGGAUGGAAAUCAAGAAUGGUAUAAUCACGAAGUUGUUGUUAUGGUUGGUGGAGGUAUUGGAGUAACGCCUUAUGCUUCUACUUUAAUGGAUUUGGUAUUGGAAAGGGCUUCUGGUAAUCAUAGUGGAAUUAGAUGCAAAAGAGUUUAUUUUCUUUGGAUAUGCCCAACACACAAAAAUUUUGAAUGGUUCGUUGAUGUACUCAAAGAAGUUGAGAAAUAUGACACACAAAAUCUUCUUGAAACACAUAUUUUUGUCACCCAAUUCUUUCAUAAAUUUGAUUUGAGGACGACUGUUUUGUAUAUAUGCGAGAAACAUUUCCGUGGCAACAAUUCUGGUCAUUCAAUGUUCACCGGUCUCAGAGCUACCAACCACUUUGGACGUCCAAAUUUUGAUUUAUUUUUUAAAUUUCUUCAAAGUCGGCAUCAGGAUGUAUCCGAUAUAGGAGUUUUUAGUUGUGGGCCAGCUCAAGUUAAUAAACAAAUUAGAAGGGCAUGUACAGAAGCAAACAGAAUAAGAAAUGCGCCGUCAUUUGUGCACAGAUUUGAAACAUUCUAA